UUUUUUUUUUAAUAUUUAUUUUCUAUUUAAUGGAUCAUUCAUUAGCUUCAUCCAUUGCUGGUUAUUUAUCUAUCUUAUGCUGGCUAAUAGUCUUCACACCACAACUAUGGGAAAACUACAGACGUAAGAGUGGAGAUGGUCUUUCAAUGACGUUUCUUGUUAUUUGGCUAGCUGGUGAUGUUUUUAAUUUAAUAGGUGUCAUUAUGCAAGAUCUAUUAGUGACAAUGUUUGUACUCGCUUUAUAUUACACAAUAGCAGAUAUGGGUUUAAUUUGGCAAGUUAUUUAUUACAGACAACAAGACAAUAGACUAAGAUCAGUCAUUGAUGGAGAGGAAGAAGAAGAAGAAGAAGUCUUUACAACUGAAAGAGCAUUAUUGAUUACGACAGAAGAUCCUACGACAUCUUAUUCAACAACAUCUUCCAACUCGCUUUAUAGUAACCAAGUAAAUAGAAGAAGAAUUCAAAUCUUUAAUUUAAUUUCAGGAUUUUCUAUUGUCUUGGUGACCGUGAUAUCUUGUUAUGCCUAUUAUAUAAUUCAUUAUACUACUGUUAAUCAUCCUAAUGGACUAGAAUGGUUUCCUCAGUUGAUGGGGUGGGCAAGUGCUAUACUUUACGUUGGGAGUCGUGUGCCACAAAUAAUAAAAAAUUGGAAAAACAAGAGUACAGAAGGAUUAAGUUUAGGGAUGUUUCUUUGUGCUGUCAUGGGCAAUUGUUUAUUUACUCUGUCAAUAUUAUUAAAGUCAACAAGUUAUACUUAUGUUUUAAUGAAUCUAUCUUGGAUUAUAGGAAGUUGUGGUACUUUACUAUUUGACUUCACUAUUUUUAUACAAUUCUUUUUUUAUGAAAAGAAUAGAAAGACAAUUGGGAAGUAAAUUUCUAUUAUAUAUUUGUAUAAAAUACCCUUAUUUUCUCAUUUAUUAUUGGUAUACUAUAAUAGAGAACAAAAGAAAACAUCUUAAAUUUAUGGAAGAUAUUUAUAUAUAGUACAUAGACCCUAUAUCAAUAAAAAUUGUUGUAUAUUAUGUGUUGCUAUAAA